AUGACGACAGUUAGGCUGAAGAAUGUGUUCGGUGAGCCUUUCAAGCAGGCUUACUGCGAUCUCAAGAUCAACCCGAAGCCCACCGCAUUCUCCCCGGGGAUGGCGGCCAGCAACACCCAUAUUGCGUUCCCAUGGGAGGUUGGAGGUGGUGGGCUCAUCACCCUGAUCAACAUCGAUAAGCUGGGGAGGAACAGUGGCUCUGACCGUAUGAACUUUAAGGGGCACACUGGAUCGAUUCAGGAUAUUACCUUCAACGAGUUUGACAACAACCUCUUCGCCUCAGCAUCUGACGACGGCUCCGUGAGAGUUUGGCGUGUGACUGGGGAGCAGGAUUCUACCGCCGCGGCGAACCUGAACGGGCAUACCAAGAAGACCACCAAUGUAGUAUGGAACAGCGCCACCGAUUUCGUGCUCAUGUCGGGUGGACUGGAUAACACCGUCCGCGUGUGGAACGUGCAGAACGAAACCGAGGUUGUAAGUAUCCCCAUUGAGGGCCAGUAUUCCUACUGCAACUGGUCGUACGAUGGAGACCUGUGCGUCGUCGCCACCAAGGAGGCAGGUGUCGCCGUGGUCGACCCUCGUGAAGGAAAGGUGUCGCACAGCUUCAAGGCACACGAGUCUAACAAAGCAACGAGCGUAGCCUGGCUAGGAGGCAAUUAUGGUAACGACCACCUCGCCACGACGGGAUAUGUCGGCAACCAGACACGCCAGAUCAGGAUAUGGGACAGGCGCAACACCGAUAAGCCGCUACUAUCCAAGGACAUUGAUUCGGCGCCUGGACCUCUGAUCCCGCACUGGGACAGCGCCACUGGGCUGUUGACGGUGGUCGGCAAGGGUGACCUCACAGUGCGCAUAUUCCAGUACCUUGAGAAUGAACUCAACCGUGCUGGAGAGAUCAAGUGCAGCGGAACCAUCAAGUCGUUCUGCUUCCUGCCGGCUACUGCGUGCGACAAGUCCAAGUGCGAGCUUGGCCGCAUGCUUUACAACAACUCCGGCAAGGAAAUCAACCCCAUCUCAGUGGUUGUCAUGCGCAGGAACAGCGGGGCCGCUAUGGAUGAGAUUUACGGUGCUUUGCAGCCCAGGCGCCGCACAAGCGCCAAGGAUUGGCACAAUGUCCCCGGUCGUAGUGCGGGUGUCAGUGUGGAAUCAUCUUUGACCGAAGGCUCCUCUUCGGCCGCAGUGACAUCGACUUCAGCAGCAGCGUAUGAUGCACAGAGCUAUCACGCGGCACCGUCGCGGACGAUUGCGUCGGAUAAUUCGAUGUCCUUUACUCCGACUGUUCCCACCCCUCCGCAAGAGUGCGAGACGACUGCAACAGGCCGUGCGUUCGGUGAAAUAUGCGCCUCUCUGGGAGUGCUAUGCCAGAAGUACAAGCCAACCUUCGACGACGCCGACAUGAUAGAUGAGCUUGAGACCUUCAAGGGCGAUGUGGAAUGCGUGAUUGCGAAGCUUAGGCAACUGCACAACAUCCCAGCUCCCGCUCAGGAGCAGCCUCAGUUUACGUCGAUGCUGUCGGGCGAGCCCAAGGCGCCUGUGCGCAUUGUGUCGCGUGACGAAGGGCGUCCGGCAUCUGGAUCGUCGGGGCUGUCAGGUGUGAGGGCUGCGAUAGCAGCGAUGGAGGCCCGAGCUCAGGCAAAGGCGCAAGCACAAGCCAACGGGCGCGCCGGCAAAUGA